CAAAGAUGAAUAACCAAGGAGUUACCUAUGCAGAACUCAGUCAGGUUAAGGGUUUAAGAAGACAGCAAGUGAAAGCGAAGGGCACUAAAAGUGGCAUUUUGGGAACUGAGCAGGAAAUAACAUAUGCAGAAUUAACUCUUCGAGAUGCUUCUCGGGAUCUUCAAGGGAAUGGCAAGAACUACCAAUGGAAAGGGAAGGUCAUUGCUGGGAUCCUGGGAAUCAUCUGCCUUGUCUUGAUGUCCACUGUGGUCACAAUAGUUGUUAUUCCCUUUGCUGCAGGACCAGUGCAGAACAAGGCGUCCAUGGAAAUAACGAUCCAGAAAGCUUAUCAUUGUGGUCACUGUCCAAAAGAGUGGAUUACAUAUUCCAAAACUUGCUACUACAUUAGCACUGAAAGAAAAUCAUGGAAUGAGAGUCGGUUGUCCUGUGCUUCUAAGAGCUCUACCCUGCUCUCCAUAGAGGAUGAAGAGGAAAUGUGUUUGUUUGGCUUCCUCAUUCAUUCUUCAUGGAUUAGUAGAGUUUCCCAGAAUAUCAAUAUUAAUCCAUCUUUGUGUCCAAAAGCCUCUGCCUUCUUUCCUACACCGUCAUCAGUUUUUUCAGCAACUGACAAGAAUUGUUCAUUUUUCAACUUUGACUCAAACAUGAGAUCUUUUGACAACUGUUUAGAUCUAAAAAUAUAUGUUUGUAAGCAUUAGGCAUUUUAGUUACCUAAUUUGGGGAUAACUAUAUUUCACCAUCUAUAAAGAAGAUAUUUCUCAUUUCUUCAAAAGGCAUGCAAUUUUCCUAGAUAUUUUUCAGAUACUAUUUUUAGAACAAUUUUAGUUCACAACAAAAUUGAGAAGAAGGUACAUAGCCAUCCUCCACCAUCCCUGCAUGCACACAUGCAUGGCCUUGCCCGUUAUCAGCAUGAUUCACUAGAAUGGUUCAUUUCUUAGCCAAGAGGAGCCUGCAGUUUGCAUCAUAAUCAAGAAAGUGCACCUGAGGUUUCCCCCUUGGUGUCAAAAAACUUUUUCCAUCUUAAUUUUAUUAAUGAAAAAAAUAUAUCCUCAGGUACAUAUUAUACAUUUCUUAAGCUUUUGUUAUAUGUUAAAUAAAAAAAGUGCAAAUUAUAAUAUGGAGCAAUGUUACUGUGAAGUCUUCAGUAAGGUCAUCAAUCCACUCAUAUUACCAAGUGAAUUGAUUUAUCCUGCAAAUAAAGGUUGCAAAUAAGGAGCUGCAAAUAAGGGUUGACAACCCUGGGUGGCAAGAUUACACACGAGAAUUGAAUCAGGAACAGAAACCAGAGGAAGAUUGAUGUCAAUAAAUAAAAUUUAUUAUCCAAUUGUAAGGAAAAGCUUACUAGAAGGAAAGGCUACUAAAAUGAAGAAAAUCAUAAAGAAUUUCUUAGAAUUAAAGGAGAGUACCCAAGGGAGAGAUCACUGGGAAGCCCCAUAUGCUUCCUGAAGAUGGGAUUUAGAUGUCAUUGAAGACAAUGCGGCCACACACAGCUUCAUGGCAGACAUGCUCAUUGCAUUGACCUGGUAUAUAGCAACUCCACAGUCCAUAGGCUGAACAAGGUGGGGAUGGAUCUCAGGCUGUGACUGACAGGCAGGAAGAACCCCUGUUAGGAGGCACAGAGCAGAAGGGCAGGAAGCUUUCACUGGGACUGGCCACAAGUACCUGCUGGAGGCUGAAUACACAGGACUUCCUACGUGCAUGCCGCUGGCAACAAAGCCAGAGUGGCCAAAUACCCUGAAAACACCAUGAAACCAGGAAGAAGAGCCCUUUCUCUUGCAGGGUCUCUCUCCAUUGCCUUUAUUAAUAGAAUUUAGCCUCAUGUGAGCUGACAAAGAACAGAACUUUAUAGGAUCCUGCUCCAUUGUCCGAGAACAGGGCACAGAGGGAUGGGUAGAUUUAGAGCUGAGAAUACUAAAUUGUUCACAGGCACUCAGGAUUAUAAUGAAACAAACACAGGAUUAUUAUAUACGACCCAUUCCCAUCUGCCCCGUGUCUCCAGAGAAUGGAAUAAACACUUUUCUUCUGAAUCACUUCUAGUUCAGCACUAUACAAAAUUACGCUCAUUUUUUGGUAGAGAUUGGCUUCUUCUCAGUCAUUAAUAAUGAGUUUCCUUCACUACAUUUUCUGGUGUGAUGUUUUCCUUACCUGGAGUUCAGAUAUUUUAGAAGACAUCUUGUUUUACUCCAAGUCCCCACUUCUGUUGCCCUUCCCCAGACCCAAAACUACUUUGGUCUAAAAAAUAAAUGUUA